GUGGCGUUAGGAUUUUCUCUGUGAGACAAGAGGAUUGGAGCCUGCAGUUAACAGUUGUGCGAGAGGCAAUGCUGAAGCCACAGAUGGCUACAAGACAAAAGUUACGUGUCCUGCAGUAAAGGUGAACACACAUAUUUGGCUGCUUUUCAUCCCUCCUCUCUUUGGGCUGCUUUAAACCCCCAUGGUAAAAUGUCUGUAGACAUGAACAGUCAAGGAUCGGACAGCAACGAGGACUAUGACCCUAACUGCGAGGAUGAGGAAGAAGAUGAUGAUCCAGGAGACAUUGAGGAUUAUUACGUUGGGGUUGCAAAUGAUGUCGAGCAACAGGGGGCGGACUCGUUUGAUCCAGAGGAGUAUCAGUUUACCUGUCUCACCUACAGAGAAUCAGAGAGUGCACUGAAUGAACAAAUGGCAAAUCUGUCCUCCAUGUUAAAGGUAACUCAUUCUGUGGCUAAGCUCAUAUUAGUUCAUUUUCAAUGGCAACUCUCAGAGAUUUUAGAAAGACAUAAACUGAAUUCUGCGCAGUUGUUAAUAGAAGCAAGAGUUCAGUCUUUAUCAUCUAAACAUGUUAUGGCACAUUCCUCCCAUCACUGCGCCGUCUGUAUGCAGUUUGUACGGAAGGAAAAUCUACUCUCACUUCCUUGUCAGCACCAGUUUUGUUGCAGCUGUUGGGAGCAGCACUGCACAGUUCUAGUGAAAGAUGGGGCUGGUGUAGGGAUUUCCUGCAUGGCACAGGAAUGCUUGCUCCGAACACCAGAGGAUUUUGUGUUUCCGUUGUUACCAAACGAAGAAUUAAAGGACAAAUACAGACGUUAUCUCUUCAGGGACUAUGUAGAGCUUCCGAUGUCGUCAGAUGUACCAUGCUCCCACAGAUUGUGCCACCAUCCGGAAGUGGCUAACAAAGUGUGCAGAUGACUCCGAAACUGCCAACUACAUCAGUGCUCACACUAAAGAUUGUCCCAAGUGCAAUAUUUGUAUUGAAAAGAACGGAGGAUGCAAUCACAUGCAAUGUUCAAAAUGCAAGCACGACUUCUGCUGGAUGUGUUUGGGGGACUGGAAAACCCAUGGCAGCGAGUAUUAUGAAUGCAGUCGGUACAAAGAGAACCCAGAUAUUGUCAAUCAGAGCCAGCAGGCACAGGCCAGGGAGGCCCUGAAGAAAUACUUGUUCUACUUUGAAAGGGUGAGUGGACCCUUAGAAUACAAUUUUUCAUUCUAAGAUGCAGAUAGAUAGAGAGAUAGAGAGAUAGAUAGAUAGAGAGAGAGAUAGAUAGAGAGAUACAUAGAGAUACAUAGAUAUAGAUAUAUAUAUAGAUAUAUACACGCACACACACACACACGCUCUGAGGACCUGUGACUCUGACUGUUCUGAAUGCUUUUCUAUAACAUAAUCCAAUUGCCAGGAGUUUAUCACCCCUGGAGCACUGGCACAGUCAUUUACUCUGAACAAUGGACACAGAUUUUUCCCAUGUUAUGGUACUGGGUAUGUGCUGUCUUCUCUUUUUACCUCUGUUCUGUGCUUUGUCCUUUGGCCAGUGGGAGAAUCACAAUAAAAGCCUGCAGCUAGAGGCACAGACUUACCAGCAGAUCCAAGAGAAAAUUCAGGAGAGAGUCAUGAACAAUCUUGGUACCUGGAUUGACUGGCAGUAUCUCCAGAAUGCUGCGAAGCUGCUAGCAAAGUGUCGGUACACUCUGCAAUACACAUAUCCCUAUGCUUACUACAUGGAAUCCGGCCCACGGAAGAAGCUAUUUGAGUAUCAGCAGGCGCAGCUGGAGGCAGAAAUAGAGAACCUCUCUUGGAAGGUGGAACGAGCUGAUAGCUAUGAUAGAGGGGACCUGGAGAAUCAGAUGCAUAUAGCCGAGCAACGUCGGAGAACACUGCUAAAAGAUUUCCACGACACCUAAAAGGAAGGUUCUUUUUUUUUUUUUUUCUCCCCUCAUCCCUUUGGUAACGUGAGCAUGUUGAUGGUGAAGGAGGACUAAUGCUGCAAGAUACAGACGCUCAGAGGAAUGUGAAGAGAAUCCACCUUUCUUACCACCCUGCUCGCUCGUACGAAACGUGGUCCCUUUGUUUCUGCCCCCUUUACUUUUCCUUUUUCCCCUGCCCCUCCCUUCGCAGCCACUAACCCAGGGAUAUCAAAUUAGCAGCCAUUCAGCCAUGCAGACUCCUGUUUGCAUCACCUGGAAGGCCAAGCAUUUCACGUUCUUGCACUAACACUCUGCCACAUUAACUGCCAUAAGACAGAAUCCUAUUUCAGGUGUACGCCUCUUUUAUCCCUUCUUCUGUUUAGCAUCCGUAUCCCUCUCUGCUGCUGGCGGGAGCCUGUAACUCAUGCUUUUGUUUUUGCUCCUUUAGCAGAGGAAGGGUUAAUACUUCUUGUUUUGUUUUGGUCUACCCUCUCCCCUUUUGUUUUGUUUUUUUUGUUCCAGAAGGCAAUUUUUGGAGAAGUAGUUCAAUUUUUUGAAUGGCUGUUAAUAGACUUAGAUGAUUAUGCAAACUGUCAUUUUGAACUGUUGUACAAUUAUACAGAAAAAAAAAUAGAAUUACAAAAAAAA